UCCCCACGCGCCACCCCUUUUCUUCGGACCAUCGCGAGGGUUUCGGGCAAGAGGGACACAGAGCAAUGGCGGAGCAGGCGCACGCUGAGGAAGCGAGCCACAAGUCCGAGACCCUGAUGGAGAAGAUCGCCGACAAGCUCCACGUCGGCGGCGGCGACGGCUCCUCCUCGUCGUCCGACUCCGAAGCCGACGAGCGCCCCCGCCCCUCUGCGCCGCCCGCCCCCGCCCCCACCCCCGCCGUCUCCGAGGUCACCACCGCCUCCUUCGCCGACUCCGCCUCCGCGGCGGCGGCCGACGCCAAGGCCAAGAUGUUCCGCCUCUUCGGCCGCGAGCAGCCCAUCCACAAGGUCCUCGGCGGAGGCAAACCUGCUGAUGUGUUCAUGUGGAGAAACAAGAACAUUUCUGCUGGAGUACUAGGCGGUGCGACUGCUAUUUGGAUCCUUUUUGAAUUGCUUGGCUACCAUCUUUUGGCUUUCCUUUGCCAUGGUCUCAUAUUCUCUCUGGGUGUUCUCUUUCUCUGGUCUAACGCCUCGUCAUUCAUUAACAAGUCCCCCCCACGGAUCCCUGAGGUGAUCAUUCCCGAAGAUCUGGUUGUCAACGUUGCAUUAUCUACACGCCAUGAGAUCAACAGAGCCUUUGCAAAUCUUCGUGAGAUUGCUCUUGGCCGUGACAUCAAGAAGUUCCUUAUUGUGAUUGCUGGGCUAUGGCUGCUUUCUAUUCUUGGGAGUUGCUGCAACUUCUUGACCCUGGUUUACAUUGUUUUUGUGGUUCUGCACACAGUACCAGUUCUCUACGAGAAGUAUGAAGAUCAGAUUGACUCCUACGGAGAGAAAGGGUGGGUUGAGGUUAAGAAGCAGUACUCUGUGUUUGAUGCCAAGGUUCUGAGCAAAGUACCCAGGGGGCCCUUGAAAGACAAGAAGAACUAGAAACGAGUGAGAAGGUGUUACUACCGGUACGAAAUGAUAGCAACUGGUUUGUGGUUCUCAGGACACUUUGUGGCUGCCGUUAUGGUAUGAGCACCAAUAUGCCACCUGUUCCCUUGUGUUAUGUAUGGCUGUUUUGUUGUUUGCGACUUCGAUGAAAGUAGCCUCAGUAGCUUCCCCGUGAACAGUAAUGCAGAUGCAGCACAUGUUUUGCUGUGCUCCUUGUUUUUUGAUCUGUUAAGCUGUCGCAUGUCAGAACCUGCUUGUGGUUUGUGACACUGAUUUUGCUACUUGCAUUGCUGCAGUUUUAAGAUGUUGAUGAGCUGGUUGAGAUUAGAUGUCAUCUGCUCGUUUCUGUUGUAUCA